AUGAGGAGCAUAACGUCCUGCAGCGGGCAGGAGGAGGCGGUGACGGUGAGGAGGAGUGAGUCAGCUGAUGCUGAAGGCAUCAACAGCCUCAUCAGCUCCGAGGCUCUGAGGCUCUUUGGACGAGUCAACGUCAUUCAUCUACUAGAGAAAUCUAACCUGGCGGUGACUCUGGCCAAUGAGAAGGAGGACAUCCUGGCUCACGCCUCCUUCUUCGACCAUCCUGUUGGAGGCCUGGUGGAUCAGACUCAGUGGGAACUUUUCCUGCAGAAACACUUCAGCGCUGAACAAUCCACACCUUUCAACACUCUCUUCCUCCACCUCUUCGUGGCAGAGACAGACUUCGCCUCAGCGAGUGUAAAGGAAAUAAUGAGGGCGGUCUUCAACGCCGUCCCAGAGAUAGAAUACAUCUGCCUGCUCAGCCCAGGUGAUGCUGCUUUAGAGUCUGCUCUGGUUGAGGUGUUUGAGCCUGUGCAGCGUCUCUCUGACUCGGGGCCUCACUGCUCAGCUUUCAUCUGCUCCAGACAGGAACACUGUCCCAGGCUUCACAUCCGCCCCGCCAGGGUUGAAGAUCAUGACGACGUCAUGCGUGUUUUCACAGAGCAGACCAAACUUCUGUCUGUGGUGGAGCAGCCCUACCACCUGGUGGAGCUCAUCGAGGCUCAGGACGAGAAAAACCACACUGCUGUCUGUGAGAGUGACGGAGCAGCUGUCGGCUUCAUCAGCGUCACUUCUGAAGUCGAUUUAAAAGCGCUGAACGAAGACUUUGAGCUGAGCCAGUUCAAUCAUUUGUACAAACACGAGGAACCUGCAGCUCAGUCCGACUCCAGAGGAGACGGAGAAGAACCGAGAAGAACUGAAAGCUCAGCUUCACAGCAGCAGCAGGAGAAACAACCGACUGGAGCAGAGAAAUCCAACGCUUUCUGUAUUCAGUUCUUCAUUAUUGACAAGAAUUAUGAAAUGAGAUCAGUGGACUUUAUUCCUUAUGUGUUCAGGCUUUUCCCUGACCUGGACUUCUGCAUCAUCACCGUGACAACGAUGUCCCCAGAGUUCCCGUUGCUGCAGAGCUUCCUCAGAGUGCCGACCCGCGCCACCAGCCUGCUGCCUCGGGAACUCUACAUCUUCCACCGCACAGGGCUCAGGAGUGUGGAGGUGAGGCCGGCUGUGGCUGCAGACCGCCCGGCCGUCUCUGACCUGGUGAAGGGUCUGAGACUCAACGAGUCCCUGCUGCAGGACCUGGACUACUUCUAUGAGACCCGCAGAGACCUGGAUGGUGUGGCGCUGCAGGCCUUCGUAGCCCAGGUGAACAGUCAGGUCGUGGGGGUUGUGAUCAUCAGAGACGAGCAGGACGUCGAGUUCAUCCGUGCUCACUACAACAUCGAGAACUUCAUCUAUUUCAGCCAUCACCGCUACGAGGAGCACGCUCAGAUUCGCCACUUUGUCCUCCAACCCUCCUUCCAGCACUUCUCCAAACACUUGUUUAAGGAGGUCCUCCGGCUGGCGCACAAGUCCUGCCUGUUCCACAGACUCUACCCCUCCAAACACAGCCAGGAGAAUUCCUGCGUCCACCAUCUGGAUUUUGUCCUCAACUGUGCGGUCCCCGUCCGCCCGCGGCGCCAGAUCAUCUACCCGCUGGAGGAGCUUGGCACCAACGGGCCCUCCAGGCAGAUCACAGAGGAGCAGGCUCCGUUUGCUCUCAGCCUCAUCAGCAGGAAGCUAACCAUGGAGCCAAAGGUCACCAUUAACGCCAGGAUUGUGGUGGUGGGGGCGUCGGACACCGGCUUAUCUUUCCUCGAGGUGCUUUGUUUCUGCCCUCAUCUGAGGUUCAACAACCUCACCCUGGUGUCAACACACGGCCUCCCCGGAGCGUACGCCCACCAGGACGUCGGAUUCCUGUCCACAAGUCAUGCAUACAGCAGCAGAGACCUGUCCCAGCUGCCUCUGCACUCCUGCAUCACCGUGGUAACAGGGAAGAUGGUGGGCAUCAACAGGAAGUCCAAACACCUCCGAGUGUCUGGAGGCAGGAAGGUUCCCUACGAUCACCUCGUCCUCUGCACAGGCCUGCAGUACCAGGUGCCCUGUCCUCCUGGCGUGGAUCUGUCCGUCACAAACAGCCAGCUGCAGACUGAGUCCAGAUCCUCCAGGUCCUCCAGGUCCUCGGGGCCCGGCCCCUCCAACCUCUUCACCCUCAACGACCUCCACGACUGCGUGGCUGCUCGCCGAUGGAUCGCUGCCAACUUUGUGGAGCUGGAGGAUCAUGCCGUCGUCUAUGGAAACAGCAUCGACGUCUUCACCUCCGUAGAGACGUUGCUGAGCCUCGGCGUCCAGGGGAACCACAUCCAUCUGGUCCUCACACCUCCAGAGCCCGGCGUCUCCUCCUUCAGCGACCCGGCCGUGGAGAAAGCUGUGGCGACCGCCCUGGAAAAGGCCGAGGUCCGGGUCCACCGUGACUGCCUGCUGGCCCAGAUGAACACCGGAGAAAACCCCGACCGGCUCACAUCCGUCUCAUUCUCCUCCGACACACAGCCUCUCCAUCUGCACUGUGGAGUGUUCAUUAAUCUCUCCAAUAGAGGAGUGGACUACGACGCCUUCAGGAGCAUCAACAACUCCUUCCUGGUCUUCGACAGCAGACUCGUCAUAAACGCCACUUUCCACACCAGCGAUCCAGACAUCAGCGGCGCCGGGCCGCUCACCAAAUUUUCCCGCCGUUACUACGCCGACGACUGUUCGCACGCCAACUUCAGUUCCAAGGAAGUGGGGCGGGACCUGGCUGCCAAGCUGCUGCCCCUCUUCGACCCGACUCUGGAGCCUGCAGCCGAGUCGCCACCUGAAUCGGAUCGACUCGUCCCGCUGUACAAACAGGCCAAGAUCCAAGGUGGGAAGCUGCCUGGAGGAUACAACUACCUGCACGUCACCAAACCGUCAGGACCUCCUGUUAAACAUCUGCAGGACAGCAGCAUCGUGACUGGACGUGUGGAGACGGGGAACUACUUCUGUUUAAAUCUGGACGUCUGCGAGCUGGUGGAGACGCUCACCUGUCUGUCCCUGAAGCCCCUCCCCGUCUCCAAUUACCUGAGUCUGUACGGGAAACACCAGCAGCUGCUGGGCCAGCUGUCCACACGCUACCACCAGGGCCUGGUCCACGACCUGUACAGCUUCUUCAGACAGAGCUGGUGUUUGGCUGUUUAUCACGACAGAUUCUCCGACCUCGAGCAGGAGCUUCAGCAGAUCCUCUCAGCCACGGACGAGUGGACGGAGGACAGAGAGGACUCAGACGUCCUCCUUCAGGACAGAUUUAGAGCUGCUGAGAGUGGAGCAGCUCUGAGGAGCAGCGCUGUCAAAUAUCUGACCUACAACAGGAACCUGCUGCCCAUGUUCGCCUGCCCCGGGCAGCUCUGACUCUAACACUCAUUAUCUGUGCGCCGAAACAUGUUAAAUAUAUUUUAUUCCUCUUGAA